AUGCCAAUUACCACAAUCCUCCAGCAUCAGAGAGAUAGAGAGAAGCUAAACCAGCCCGACUUAGGCACUCCUGUGGUGGCGGAAGAAGAUCACAAUAUCAGAAAUAAGGAUACCAUCAAAGAGAGAAAGACAGCCGCAGUAGCUGAGCGAUGGGUUGCCCCCGAUUCGACUCGUCAAGCAAAAAAGCUCAAUAAUUCAAAGUCUAGCUGCCCAAAGGUCGCUACAUUGUCUACAAAGAAAGAUUCCUCUAAGAGUUGCAAGGUAAAACAGACAAACUCAAAUCGCCGCAUUACACGUGGAAAGACAACCGCUCAGCCACGAGCGACGCCCAUCGAUAGGCACAGUCCUAGAACGAUGGCUACUGUAAACUGCGAUCUUAGGCGGGCAUCUUGUGGAAUGCAACAAAACACACAGCCAUCUCGUAAAAGUAAUAAGCCUCGACAGAAUGCUCCCUCGGAGCACCACGGGGGCCCGCCGUCCCCCACCGACUCGGUGUACGAGGUUGCACGGCGUGCUGUCAACUUUCUCGAUAUUCACAAGACUCAGGAUACAGCACCUCAGGAUACGGCACCUCGGAAUACAGUACUUCAGUAUACAGCGCCUCAGAAUGCAGCGCCUCAGGAUACAACGCCUCGGGAUACAACGCCUCGGGAUAUAGCGCCUCGGGAUAUGGCGCCUAGUAUCAUCGAUGCUCAACAGGUGAUUCUUAAUAAUACUAUCGGGGAGACACCUCCUGCAAGCCAUAGCAGCGCACAAACAUCUCCUGUGAGCCACAAGCGUGAGAAGACGCCUCCCAUUCGUUGGAGCACCAUACAGACAUAUCCCAGUUGUCGAGAUGCUAUUGUGUUUAGUGAUAAGAAAAGGGAACGUGAGAUGAUCUCUAGACAGCAGCGCACGACCAUGCAACGACCACGCCCGAAACCCUCCAAUGGGCCACGUCCAAAGUCAAAGUCGGCGGCAGCUCGACGACGGGCGAUGCUCAAGCAUUCUGUGACAUAUACGCUGCCGGCUGCGAAUCCACAGACUCCUGCAGCCCCAGACCAACCAGCGGUUUACCAUCCAACAAUGACUUCAAAUCAAGCACAUCCUCCACCGACACCUGUACACUCAGUGAUGACUCUACGCCCGGGACCUGCUUCAUAUCCGCAAUUGAUGCCACGACCACCCACGGCAUCCCAGAGAAUGGCAAAUACACAGCCGCCAGCGAGAUGGCAGCCUAUAUACCCGAAAUCUACCCAUCCGGAAUCUAAAAAUCCGCAAUCUGGAAGCUUCCAUACUCACCAUCUUCCAUCGGCCUACUCAGAAUCCACGCACUCACAACCAUUGUCUGCCUCACAGACGGUUGGAGUGUCGCAAGAAAUGACGGCGUCAGAGCCAACAGUGACUUCACAGCAGGCGACUACAGUCGCGAAGGAGACAAAUAGAGAGCGUGCCCGCCGCCUCAGAAGAGAAGCACAACUCAGAAAAGAAGCUUCCCUUCUGUGCCGAGAUGGUCAUCCGUUGGAUGACCCUCUAGGAACCACUAUAGAAGGGUUUCGUCCGAGCGUGGGAAAUAGAGUGGUCGAACAUCUCAUAAAGCAUAACCCUGAGGCUGUUGCAGCUUCCAAGCUAUCCCAUACGAUUCCUAAAGAGACUGCUGUGCAUUAUAACAGUAUAUUAAGCUGGCAAGCUGAAAACGCACAAACCACUGGAGAUCCUUCGCCUCAUGGGCACCCAACGCAUUUCAACAAUGUGGAAUCAAGGGCCGCGUCUUCUGAUAGUGGACCAGCCUCUCGAGAAGCACAAACUCUGGCAGUUAUCGUUGUACCAAUUAGAAGCGCGCCAGUCUCUCAGCACAUUGUCAACACUGAAAUUCAUCCUCAUCAUAGCCAUUCGAAUACAUUGGUCCCACAACGUGGUAUUCAAUCACAUCCAUAUUCCAGAGUCCCAUCUGGGGAGUCGGAUAAUGCUCCGAAUGGAUAUGGUAAUUAUUCAUCAGCAUCAACACAGCAGAGCACGUAUGAACAGAGAGAGAGGACGGUAAUGGACAAUCGCGAUUGCGAUAUACAGGAGAUUUCUCGGCAGGAUUGGCAGGCAGCUAACAAAGACAGCCCAAGAUAUCGGGCUAAUCAAAGAGCCCAAUCUGUUGUGGCCUCGGCUCCGUAUGAAAGGACUAUGGCAUCUUCGGCCUCUGCUUCUUCAGUAAACUCACAAAGCAUCCCUGAGCCAUUUUUUGAGGAUAGUGAGGAUAUGCUAUGUUUUGGGGAGAGUGAGGAUAUGAUGUUACCACUGAGCCCCCAGAGCCCCAUCCGUCAAAACCCAGUGUCCAUUUCAGCUCAAGCUCAAGUUCAAACAGUCAGGAGGCCAUCUAACCAAGCCAGUCCCAUAUAUGGUGGCAUUCACAAACGGAAACCUAGUCGAGCCAGCCGAACUUCGCCGCCGCAAACUACGAUGUCUCGAAUUGCCAUAUCUCAGCUUGUGCAUUCUUCAGUUGAGGCAUCGAAAGCAUGUGUGCCUCAAACUGCAGUGCGUCGAAUCGCCAUAUCUCAGCUUGUGCUGCCUUCAACGGUACCUCGAAUCGCUAUAUCUCAACUUGUGCAUUCUUCACCGGUGCCUCGAAUCUCUAUAUCUCAGCUUGUGCAUUCUUCACCGGUGCCUCGAGUCGCUAUAUCUCAACUUGUACAUUCUUCACCGGUGCCUCGAAUCUCUAUAUCCCAACUUGUGCAUUCUUCAAAUGAGGUACCGAAAACAGUGGUACCUCAAAAUACAGUGCCUCAAGCCACGAUGCCUCGGACUUCACCUCGAACUCCUUUGCCAUCAGCCAGACCAGACAAGCAUCGGCGUGUUCGCCGUUCGCGUGGCGGAAUGUGGCUAUCUCAGGACGACUUGGACCGUUGGCAGGAGGAGAGAAAAGAUCCCUAUCGCCUCCCGUCAUUCAAACACUCAUUCAACGAUGUAGCUAUGACCGAUUGUCAAACCAGCCAUGAGAAACAGGCUUCCUCUGAACCGGCCGGAGGGGUGUUCAGUCUCGAUGCUUAUCGUAUAAAUCCUGUAGCUUCUUGCGCGCGCAAUUGGCUUUUGAAUGUUUAUACGAAAUUGAAGUAUAAAUCGCAUGGUUACCGCCCAGAAGCCUUUACAAUGUCCGCAAAAUCGAUCCUAGAAACAAUCGCAAUCGGUCCGGGCAAAAACUCCCAUGAAAAAGCGAUUCGGCCUAGGAAUCAAGCCCGAACCGAGAAAUCCGUCCAUGAUGUGCCUAGUUUGUUGAUCUACGGUUCACAUGGCCCGGCACUUUUAUGCGACCCAAUGGGGACCAUCCGCUAA